UUACGUGAUGACGUAACGCUGCGACGUCCUAAACCAGGAUCAACAACUACGAGUCUGAGCAGCAGAGGACUCGCAGCUGCUGAAACAGUUAAACUUUCUAGAAGGCUUUUGGCACUUUAAGUACGCCGGCUUGUUUAUGGAGCAGUAGUUUCCGCCUUACAGACAGCGACAACCAUCAUAGACGGAAGAUUACACCCACCAAACGAGUUGAAGACGCGCGUAAUUCGGGGUUGAAACUCACUGCUUUCCUCAGUUGCAGCCAAGGAGCAGCACUGAAAUGGAGGACCUGCACCCCCAUUGCUUCAAAUGCAUCAACAGGAGAUGCAUGGUCAGACCAGAGCUAGGUGUGUCCUGCGAUCUUGUCGGCUGUCCUCUUGUUUGCGGGGCGGUUUUUCACUCAUGCAAGCUAGAGGAGCAUCGCCUGCUGUGUCCGUAUGAGCGAAUGCCUUGCCUAAACCGUGAAUUCGGCUGCCCUUUCACCAUCGCAAAGAUCAAGAUGGCCAAGCAUCUGGAAACAUGCCCUGCCAGUAUAGUAUGCUGCACUAUGGAGUGGAAUCGCUGGCCCGUGAGCUACGCAGAUUGCAAGUCCUAUGAAAACUUGAGCAAAGAGUUUGAUGAGGUGGAGCAGCUGGACAUGGCAUUGGCCCUGCAGGAUCAGAGGAUGCUGUUAGAGUCCCUCAAAGUUACAACCACCGUUUCAAAGAAUGGAGAAAAAGAAGUGGAUGAAAGUGAUAAAAUGGCCCCCGCUUCGGCUUUGUCAGAGGUAGUAAUGGGUAACGGAGCUGUGGAAAUGAAGGAAGAGCCUUACAAUGAUUUAUGUCCAGAGAAGAUGAACAGAAGUUUAGUUGCUGCUUUAGAUGUCCUGACCAGUUCCAACAGCAUUGAUGUUCUUGUUGAGAAUAUUAAUGUAGAAAAGACUGAUAAGAAUGGGGCUUUCCAUAAUGGAGAAAAUGGGGGGGUUGUGCUUGUUGCUGAAAAUGGAAAAAAUGUUGAAAUGCAGGACAGCGACUCUGAUUCAGAGUGUGAGCUGGGAGCGGUGGGUGGAGUGGAUUGUUCUGUGGAAACGGAUGAGGAGAGUUCUGUUAACUGGGCUGAUGAAAACAAUUUAGUAGAGUUGCUUUUGGAAGAAAAAGACUUGAUGGAUGAACCAAUAAAUAAUGCUGACUUUGUUUGGCCAGAGGUGCUUCCGAGUUUCAUGCCAGAUGUAGCACCGGAGCCUCCUGUGCCUCAACAAGCCCCACUUGCACCACUGAUGCCAUUCCUGUUGUCUGAACAUGUGACAAAUAACUUCUUGCAUCAGUUGCCCACGGAACUCAGGUAUAGGUGCUUGCAGCAGAAACUACAGAAUGUAGAAGUGCUUAGGGGAAUACGUAUGUUUACAUUAAACGGACGUCGGGCCCUGCUGUCGGACCCGUACAUGUUUCGAGCAAAAAUGGAGGACAAAGCUGUCGACACGUCAGACUUGGAGGUAGCCGAUGACCCCAUGGGCCUUCACGGCAUCGAUCUCAUAACGGCAGCUCUGCUGUUCUGCCUCGGCGAUUCUCCGGGAGGCAGGGGGAUCUCCGACAGCAGGUUUGUUGAUGGCUACCACAUCGACUUUGGUACUCAGACAUUCUCCUUCCCUUCAGCCAUACUUGCAACCAACACCAUGGUGGGGGACAUAGCUUCAGCCUCGGCCUGCGAUCACGCCAGUCCGCAGCUUUCCAACCCCAGCCCCUUCCAUACGCUCAGGCUGGACUUAGUGGUGGAAUGCGUGGCUCGCUAUCAAACCAAGCAGCGCUCCAUGUUCACGUUUGUGUGUGGGCAGCUGUUUCGACGGGAUGAGUUCUCUUCUCAUUUCAAGAACGUUCACGGAGACAUCCACGCCGGACUCAACGGCUGGAUGGAGCAGCGGUGUCCUUUGGCCUACUAUGGCUGUACGUACUCCCAGAGGCGAUUUUGUCCAUCUGUCCAGGGCUUCCGUAUCAUCCAUGACAGACACCUGGGUUCUUUUGGGGUGCAGCCUGGUUUAUCCUUGAAAGCUGGAGACAAACUCUCGAGAAAGACCCGCUGUAAAGGCUCUCCGUUCGAUCAGUUCAGCAGUCUUCCUUUUGAGGUGUUGCAGCAUGUAGCGAGUUUCCUCGACAGCUUCAGCCUGUGCCAGCUGUCCAGAGUGUCCCGGACCAUGAGGGACGUGUGUGCCAGCCUGCUGCAGAUGCGCGGCAUGGUCGUCCUGCUGUGGGAGAAGAAGCGGCGUGACGACGGCUUUCCUUCAUGGCAGAUCACACACAAGGUGUGGCGUUUCAGCACCGCUUUUGGCACAGUGAACGAGUGGAAGUUUGCAAACAUCGCCAGCAUGGCCGACCACCUGAAGAAGUGCAAGUUCAACACAAUCGCUCGCCGGGAGGAAGCGGUUCCCCUGCCGUGCAUGUGUUUCACCAGAGAGCUCACUAAAGAGGGGAGGUGUUUACGAUCGGUUCUCAAGCCAGUAGCAUAAACCGAAAGGGUUUCCUGUGAACAUUCUUGUGACCAUAAGAACUCUAAAACACCGUGUUUACAGACAUUCAUCUCUCCGUCCAUGGAGCAUGAACAACUUCUGGUUAUCCUCUACUUUACACACUAGGCUGCAGACAUGAGCGUCGCUCUCCCUCACUGUUCUGAGUAACUUUGACAUAACAGUAACAAUAGGGUGCUUGUUUUUCAAUCAGAAAGAAGAGUCUGUGCUACAUGUGUAGUUAAAGUAGGUCAUUAACCUUAGACCAAUGAGAGUUUGGUACUAAAACCUCAAUGAGACCUUCCUUUCAACACAUAGCAGGUGUUUUGUACCAUUUUGCGUCUCCUGAUCUGUGUUCUAGUGAAAAUCCAGAUUUAAUGGCUUUAAACGUUCAUAAUGAGACUGACCAAACACCUGUGUUGCAUCUGUGCCAUUCUACAUGUUGGUCAAACUUCAGCAUCAUCAGCACGAUGACCUCAUCCAGCGCAGUUUGUGGAUUUGUUUUUUGACAAAACAUCGGUGGUCCAUCGUGUUGCUGUAGCGUGUCCGCGCGUUAGUCAGGGUUAGAUGUGAGACAACUAGCCUCCAGCUUUCAAAACCAGCACAGUUUUGACCUCAUUAACCCUGCAGGGCAGGUUUUAGGAACCAUGACGGACACACACACACACUUUACUCACACUUCUUUAUUAUUUGGUUGUUUUUUACACUGCACCUGCCUGCUGUGGUUUUAUUGUCUCAGGUGUUUCAGUUGGAAGCUUUUUGUCACUUCGGGUUUGGAGAAAGUGACUCAUCUGCUUGCCAGCCCUUGGUUCUUGUGGGUUCCCAUAAACGGCAUGAUGUGUCUCAGCUUAGGAAUAAGUGUGUGUGUGUGUCUUUUUAUCAGGGAGGUGCUCACAGCUAAAGCAGGCUGUUUUAGUUUAAUGCAGAGGGAUUUAGCAGAGAUACUUGGUUUAAAAAAAUAAGCCUGAAAGGAAAACUACAAAUACUUUUAAUACAGAAAUAGUUUAAAAUGUCAUUUAAGCUUCAAUGACGUUUCAUUUGAAGCUGAAUUGUUUUUAUUUUUCUAGUCCCCGUCCGUGUUUGGACGACCUGUUUUUUUUACUGGUACUUUUAUAGGAAACCUGCCUCGGUUAGAUGUGAAUGACUGAUUUGCACAUGAAUGCAUGUACUGUAAAACUAAAAUCCUAAAUCUGUGCUCGAGCUGACUGGGUUUCACUCUCGUCACAUUUUGCAAGUUUAUUUUAAUUUUUUUAAACACAGAUCCGUAAAGCUACAGAAUAUUUUUACAGGUUUUUUUUUCAUUAACACUGAUUUAUUACAGUUUCACCUGUUCAGCAUUUUGUACCACCAGGUACUUGAGUUGUUUUCUCACAUGUUCUGAGCUGUUUUAUUUUAUUUUAACUCAUCAGUGUUUGUGUAAAGUCACACUGGGCUUUAAUGAGCCUCAUUCAGAUCACGCAUGAUUAAAAAUAAAGACAAAAAUGAGGUCUUCAUCUGCAGGUCACUCUUGUUGCAGCGGUGUGGUUAGUUUUUGUACCCAGAGUGUGUCGACAUCAUCAGUAUUUAUUUUUGUCACUACUUUUGAAGUGUUUUUUCACCGUUGUACGCCUGCUUCAUUUGUUUGACUUUAAUAAAGGGACAAAGUUUGUAAAA